UCCAGCUGGCCUUUCCCAGAGGCCUGAAGCCAAACGGGCUUGAACUUGCCAGCCACACGCGAGUGUUUUUGGCGCACAUGUUUUUUGGAGUGCUCUGUUUGAAUGUGGAUGGGAAGCUCCUGUCUAGUGACGUUACUCAUUACGUGAUCCCAGACUGGAAGGUUGUUCAAGAUUACCUCGAGAUCCUCGAGUUUCCGGAACUGAAGGGAAUUAUUUUCAUGCAAACGGCUUGUCAGUCGGUACAGCAUCAGAGGGGCCGGAGAAUGUAUAACAAACUGCGGAGCCUGCUGAAGGACACGCGGCAUGACUGCAUCCUCUUCGCCAACGAGUUCCAGGAGGACUGCUACCUCCCCCGGGAGCGGGGUGAGGCCCUGGAGAAGUGGCAGACCAGGAGCAUCUACAACGCAGCCGUCUGGUACUAUCACCACUGUGGGGACAAGAUGCCCAUUGUGAUGGUGACCGAAGAUGCAGAGGCCGUUCAGCAGUACGGGAGUGAAACCCAGGGAGUGUUUGUGAUUUCUUUCAAGGAUUACCUGGACAAUUUCUGGCCAGACCUAAAGGCCGCCCACGAGCUGUGCGACUCCAUCCUGCAGUCCCGCCGGGAGCGGGAGAGCGAGAACCAGGAGGGCCACGGGCGGGAGUAUGCGGAGCACCUGCUCCCCGAGGUGCUGGAGGCCGGCAUCAAGUCGGGGCGCUACGUGCAGGGCACUCUGAAUGUGAACAAACACAGAGCCCAGAUAGAAGCUUUUGUUCGACUUCAGGGAACCAGCAGCAAAGAUUCAGGUUUAGCUAGCGACAUCCUCAUCCAUGGCAUGAAGGCCCGGAACCGCGCCAUUCAUGGGGAUGUAGUGGUUGUGGAGCUGCUCCCGAAGGGUGAAUGGAAGGGAAGGACCGGCGCCCUGUGUGACAACGACAGUGAGGACAAAGUCUCGGGCGAGGCCCCCAGUGAGCCCAUGCCCACAGGCCGCGUGGUUGGUGUCCUUCAGAAGAACUGGCGUGAUUAUGUGGUGACAUUCCCAUCCCGGGAGGAAGUCCAGUGUCAGGGAAGAAAUGCCCAGAAGAUCCUGGUCACCCCGUGGGAUUACAGAAUCCCCAAGAUUCGCAUUAGCACCCAGCAAGCCGAAGCCCUGCAGGAAUUUAGGGUGGUCGUGCGCAUCGAUUCCUGGGAGUCCACGUCCCUGUACCCAAACGGACACUUCGUCCGCGUGUUAGGGAGAAUCGGCGACCUGGAAGGGGAGAUCGCCACCAUCCUGGUGGAAAACAGCAUCUUGGUUGGGCCCUUCUCGGAGGCUCAGCUGUGCGAGAUGCCGGUGAACACCCCCGAGAAGCCCUGGCAGGUGAGCGCCGAGGAGGAGCACCAGAGGAGAGACCUGCGGCGAACCCACCUGGUGUUCAGCAUCGACCCCAAGGGCUGUGAGGACGUGGAUGAUGCGCUGUCCAUCAGGACCCUGAGUGACGGCGACCUGGAGCUCGGGGUCCACAUCGCAGAUGUCACCCACUUCGUGGCUCCCAAUUCUUACGUUGACGUGGAAGCUAGAACGAGGGCCACCACGUACUACCUAGCGGAUCGGCGCUAUGACAUGCUGCCCUCUGCCCUCAGCGCCGACCUGUGCUCCCUCCUGGGAGGCGUGGACAGGUACGCUGUGAGCGUCAUGUGGCAACUGGAUAAAACCUCGUAUGAAAUCAAAGCGGUGUGGUACGGCAGAACCAUCAUUCGGUCCGCUUACAAACUGUGCUAUGAAGCGGCCCAGGAGCUCCUGGCUAGAAACUUUGGCGUCGCUGAUGAGAUCCCAGAAUUCAAAAGCUUGGAUGAGAAAAGCAGACAAACCAGGCUGGAGGAGUUGGCGUGGGCCGUCGGGAGGCUGGCGGACGUCGCGCGGCACGUGCGGGCCAAGCGCGACCGCUGUGGGGCGCUGGAGCUGGAGGGCAUGGAGGUUCGCGUCCAGCUGGACGAGAAAAAGAACAUCGACGACCUCAUCCCCAAGCAGCCCCUGGAGGUGCACGAGAUGGUGGCCGAAUGCAUGAUCCUGGCCAACCACUGGGUGGCCAGGAAGAUCUGGGAGAGCUUCCCCCACCAGGCCCUGCUGCGCCAGCACCCGCCGCCCCACCAGGAGUUCUUCGCUGAGCUCCGCGAGUGCGCUGCGGCCAAGGGCUUCGCCAUCGACACUCGGUCCAACAAGGCGCUGGCCGACUCUCUGGCUAAGGCAGAGGACCCCGGCGACCCCACGGUGAACCGGCUGCUGCGCUCCAUGGCCACGCAGGCCAUGUCCAACGCGCUGUACUUCUCGACCGGCUCCUGUGCGGAGGAGGAAUUCCAGCACUACGGUCUCGCCUUAGAUAAAUACACCCACUUUACCUCUCCAAUAAGAAGAUACUCGGAUAUUGUAGUACACCGCCUAUUGAUGGCAGCCAUUUCAAAAGAUAAGAAAACAGAAAUUAAAGAAAAUUUAUUAAGCAACAAAGAUCUUGAGGAACUGUGCAGACAUAUCAACAACAGAAACCGAGCAGCACAGCAUUCUCAGAAGCAGUCUACCGAGCUCUUCCAGUGCAUGUACUUUAAAGACAAAGACCCUGGGACUGAGGAGCGCUGCACAGCCGACGGUGUUAUUUACUCCAUUAGAACGAAUGGUGUGCUAGUAUUUAUACCAAGGUUUGGGAUUAAAGGUGCUGCUUAUCUAAAAAAUAAAGAUGGUUUGGUGAUGUCGUGUGGCCCGGAAGGCCACUUGGAGUGGAAACCAGGUUCUCUGCAGAGAUUUCAAGAUAAAAUCAUCUCCACCACGAUGGGAGGGGACUCGGUCACACUCCACCUGUUCGACCAUGUCACGGUCAGGAUAUCCGUGCAGGCCUCACGCUGCCAUUCGGACACAAUCAGGCUGGAGCUCGUCAGCAACAAACCAUAUGAGGUCCCAAGCUCGGGGCUCUCCUCACCGAGCCCACUCCUGCUGAAGAGUGACUUAGUGAGGGAAGUCACCAGGUGCUCAGAGGAGGCCCAGCUGGCCCAGGAGGUGGCAGUGGACACCUCUCGGGAGGAAUAUCCGGAGUAUGGCCAGACCAAGGGCCGAAGCCUGUAUGCGCUACUGGAGGAGAUCCGGGACCUGGCACUCUUGGAUGUGUCAGGGGACUACAGCAUCUGAGAGAGUCCUGCUUCCUUAGAGAGCUUCGUUGGUGUUUUACCAUCUUCCCAAACCCACUUGAUGUGCCAUCUCUUGGUGCCCAGGACCAAGCAGAUAUCUUCCAUGUCGUGUUCUCUCCUGGUUCGCUGGCAUUGCUGUAAAUACACAAGGUCACUGAACACGCAAGUUUUAGUCCUGAGCGGACAGGGAACGGUGCUUUCCAGGGUCACCUGCUGGCCUCUUUUUUAUAAACCCAGGAUUUUAAGUUG